AGUUCAGUUGUCGUCGUUUUUAGACGAAUCCGUAUCAGUGCGUCGUGAUCCGAGAUCCGCAGUUGUUUUGCCAAUUCGCAUUUCCCACGCGAACUGACUUGAGAGUGAACGUCCAAGUACGAGUAGCGCACAUCACGCUUGGCCCUGACAUUGCGUUGCCUCAGCAUUAAAAUAAGACAAAUCAGUUGCAUUCGAACUAACAACUCCCUAAAGAUGGCGUGGUAUAAUGCGGCAAUCGCAAUGUCUAUCUCGUUUUUUUUUUAUUUUAAAUAACAAUUUGUGAACAAACUGUGAUAAAAGAAUGGCUGAGUCAGGUAUUGAUAUAGGAUAUGAUCUAUCUGCACUCCUCUCUGAGGAUUUUGAUAUUGAAAGUGCUAUUGAUUUCGAUGAUCUUUUGGGAACUCCGAAAAAUCAGGAAUUUUAUGAACUUACAUCUAAAACAAUGCCUAUUAUGGAGAGCACUCCAAACUUAAAAACGACUAAUCCGGUGUCAAGGACACAAUUGAAGCUACAGUUAAUGAGGGAUCACGCCAUUCUACAGCAACAACGACAAAAUCAACAAAAAUCUCAACGCCAACCACCUCAUCCUCAACACCAACCCAUACAAUCUAAUCAUGUAGUCUCUAGUCCAAUUAAUAAUAAUAGCAAUAUACAAAACCAUAAUAUUCCUGAAAAUCACAUAAAAGUUCCCUUAAACAGUAUAGCAGAAGUACCUCCUCAAGUUUUACAAGUGCAAACCAAAUUAGCAAAUCCCACAAAGUACCAUGUUAUGCAAAAACAGAAAAACCAAGUGAAACAGUAUUUGAGUGAAUCAUUUCAAGUACCUAGUGCCGCGCUUUCGAAUCAUAGAUUAAAUCAAACUCAUAGUGCUCCAACUUGCGGUGCUAAUACUAACGGAUAUAGCAAUAUUAACAAUAUUUCAAAUUCUCAAGGAUAUUAUCCACAAGGACAAGUUUCGCCAAAUUAUGAUGUUCCUGCUAUGUCUCCUGCUUUGAGUUCUGGUGCUACUAGUUGUACUUCCGAGGCUGAAGAUUUAUUAGAUGACUUAUUAUCACUAGAAUCCAGUUCUCUGGCGUCCGAUGGCUUUAAAACGGAUAAUUCCUUUACAGGAAGUGAUCUCAAUAUUAAGAAUGAACCUUAUCCACUCAGUGACGCUGAAUUACAUGCUCUCGCCAAAGAUCGUCAAAAGAAAGAUAACCACAACAUGAUUGAACGUAGAAGGAGAUUUAAUAUUAACGACAGAAUAAAAGAACUUGGUACGCUUCUGCCGAAAAAUAAUGAUCCUUAUUAUGAAAUCGUCCGAGAUGUCCGUCCAAAUAAAGGAACUAUCCUUAAAUCUUCAGUGGAAUACAUUAAGUGUCUGAAAAAUGAGGUUUACAGGCUGAAGCAACAAGAAGCUAGACAAAAACAGAUGGAAUCGAUGAACAGAAGACUUCAGUUGCGAGUACAGGAACUAGAGAGGCAAGCAAAAUCUCAUGGUCUUCCAGUAUCUGACUUCAAUUGGCAGAAUAUGCCGGUAACCUCACCACCACCAUACAAUUCAUAUAGUAACCAACAAAACCAGUCCUCAGUUGUUUCAUUACUACCUCCAAUUGUGUUACCAGAUCCUUGUCGAAAGGUGAGUCAACAUUAUUUUGCAGAAGAAUUGGAAUCAACGGAUUUUUUUGAAUCGCAGAAGUUGGAAGAAUUGAAAAUGCCAGAUGUGAUAUCUGAUGCACUUUCCGAGGCCUCUUUAAAUCUGUCCGCUAUGGAAGAAGGAAUGGACGAUGAUGACCUUGUGUAUGGUGUAAAUGGAGAUCCAAUGUUGUCGUCACCUCAUGCCUUACAAGCAGAUGCUUUACUCGCUUCACCUGCGCAUCCUAGUUCUGGAGAUCCUCUCCUUUGCGAACAGCGUCUUCCAACUCCUACACCUACAAGUCACAUCGAUCAAGAUGUAGAUACCUUGGAUAUGGAUAUGAUUGCAUAGUGAACAGCAACAGUGUUAUAGACUAUAGAUUAUAGUUUCUGGUCAGGUGAAAACGUAUAUAUUAGACUCCUGAAUAAUUUUUUUAUAGAUAGUUAUAUAUUUAUGAGUUAUUGCUAAAACUGUUCAAUUUUAAAAACAAAUUUGAAUGCAUGUUUUCGUUACAAAGUUAAAAGUUGGCAAGAGAACUUAAUAAAAUUAUCUUUUCAAUAAUUCAUAUGAACGUUUUUGAAACGACUUUAAAAGAUAAAACUAAGUAUAUUUAUUUGCGAAUACUGUGUUGCGUUCCCAAAAUAUUGAAUUAUUUUAGUAUCGUGUAUUUGCAAUUUGGAUUUAGUAUGUGUCAAACAAUUACAUAGAGAGUUCAUUAAUAGUAGAAAUGACUAUGAAAAAGAUUUCAAAUCAUAUGAAACAAAUAUUUGUCAGAGACACCAUCUAAAAAGUUUCAAAAGUAAAAUGCUACUUACAAAAAAAUAUGAUAAUUCAAAGACUUCAAAAAUAGUACAAAUAAAAUAUAUAAUCUAACUGGGCUUCGAAAUGUGACAAAAAUUUGUACAUUUAGAGCUUUAUCAAAUAAAAUUAUUGCUAUUGCAAUGAUCGUAAGCCACACUUUCCAAGAAAAAUUUUAUAAUCAUUAUUAUUUGUCCUCUCAUUGUUAACCAUUGAAACGAAAUAUUUGCCAACUAGAUUAUGAGCUUUUUCUAAGUGGGAAUCUGGCAAAGCUAAACAUCAAAGUGUACUAACUCUAAUGUGUUCCGAGCUAUCGAAUAUUUAUGCCUUCAUCAUCUGGAAAUCAAUUACUUGAGAUUGGCGGUGUGAUAAAUUUUGUAAUAUAUUUUAAGAAAACAUUAGAUUUAUCGACUUCAAAAUAUAAUAUUUAAAUUACCUACAAAUAUCUACCGCAAAUAAACUGUCAUUUUUAUGCUUACAUAGAGAUACAGGAAGAAUGAAACAUUUCUCUUGAUAUCGUUUGACAGGUAACAAAACGCUCAAUGCAAUGCUAGACGUGAUACGUCUUGAUCUAGCAAGAGCACAUUAAGCUGAGGUGAUUAAGUGAUGUUUGAUAUUAUACUUGCAACUUUAUUUGGUUUGUUGUUAUUUUCAUUGCAAUUUAAGCUAGAAAUCUAGUUACUGCUAAUUUAAUAAUUAACCAAUUGUUAGUCGAAUCAACCGAUUGAUUGGAGCACUUAUAUAAAUCUACUUAUUCGUCAUCUAUGGUGAAUGUAAACCUCUUGAUUCGUGAUUUUUUUGUUUGCACUCUGCACUUGCCAGACAGCAGAAGAAGAAGUUAGGUUUGGUUAAUGGCAGCAACAAUGUAAUCAAUAGUGAAAUAUUUGGAUCUUUCCAGAAAUUGCAUUUAUUAUAAGUUGUCGAUCCGUGUAAAGCAGCCUUUAAAACUUCGUUUUAUAAUAUUAGUGGAAUCCUACACUGAAAUAACAUCAUACGCUUAUUAUAGAAGAAAAAUAGUAAAUCAAAAUAUAUUAACGCAUAGUGCUCGUGAUCAGAGUUGAAAACGCCAAAGCCUUGCAUGUAACAGGAUCGCAUUUAAGAAUAAUUUGAUUUCAUACAGCAGAUUAAUAAUAUAAAUUAUAAAUUAUACGUAAGUUUGGAAUAGAUACAAAGUAGACGGCCAAAAUAUGGAACACACUUUUUUAAAAAUUUAAAAAUAUGUGUAUUGAAACAUCAAAAUAAAAUCUUCACUUUUUAUCUCAAUAAACAUAUUUUCUUAUUCCACAACAGAUGGCAUUGAGCUUCCAAUGUCGUCAACAUUUAUUAUAAGGGGCUCAACUUGCAAAUCAAUGACAAUCUCUUUAUUCUACAUUUUGAUUUCAACCUUUUCCUGGACAUGUUGAAUACACUUUUUGAACUUAUCAAUAUUAAAAAUAUUUCUAACUUCAGAAAAUUUAAAUGUUGUAUUUUCUGCUGCAACAUAUUGUUUCACAUCUGCCCAUAUCAACUCAAUGGGAUUGAGUUCACAAUGGUAGGGCGGUAACUGUAAAAUGGUUUUAUUUUGAUUUUUGGCUAUUUCAUCAAUAAUGUUAUACUUAUUUUUAUGCUCUUUGACAAAUUCUAAAAGUUAUGCCUUAACCAUCGUUUCAUCAAAAUCGAUAUUUUUAGAAGUAAAUCAAAAUCGAUAUUCUUGAAUACCUGCUUUCCUUGUAGCAAAUGUUAAAAUUUUCUUAAUCUUCGUUAACUACUCUCAGAAUUUUGUUCACUGUAAACCCAUUUGACAGAAAAAAUUUUGCACAAUUCUUCUGAUGAUAAUUUUUUUCUUGGAUGGAUACUUUUUUGGGUUUUCCACAGAAUGAUUAGCUCUGUACUCACGAGCGAUUCGAUACAGUCUUGAAGAAGAUACUCCCGAAAUAUAUGCUGUUUUGGAAAUUGCCUCAACAGCAGGCUUCUCAUCAUAUUCUUUCUAAUCGUUUCAUUCCUAUAAAUAUUCACAAUCAUUUGUUUUCGAUAGCGUUAUAAUGAAUCUUUUUAUCUCUUUUUUUAGGCGGAGUAUAGCUAACGACAAUAACUUCAUCAUCUGUAUCCGUGUCAGACAAGGAAAUUAUGCAACAGACCGACCUUGUACUACACAUAAUCUAUCGGCUUUUGCAGCAAUGCGGCACUAGCCCCUAAUACGCGGCUUUUCAGAUGUGGUAUAUAACGGUUCCUUUAAUUUAGACCAUUAACGAUGCUGCGCCGCGUUUCGCCCAUGACAUUCACGUGAUGGUCAUGCACUGAUCAUUGUUUUGUUUCACUAUUUUUCUUUGAUAAAUAGUGUACCCAUUAUUCACAAUUAUAAUCACAGAAUAUUUUUCUUAUAAUAUACACAAUAGACAACAAAAACAAGCAGGUGCCUCGAUUUGUAAAAUCAUUAAGGUUAAUAGCACAUAAUAUCGAAGACAACAACCCUGGAAGGAUCUUUUAUUAUUAUAUUACUAUGAAUAAAUGUAUUUUGAUCCUAUCACGCCUUUAUUGGUGAUCUUAAAAUAAAUUUACCACGAAAACUCCCCAUAAAAUGACGUGAGACCUCGUAACCACUAAAAGAGUUUUACAGCCCCUUUAUAAAGGAAAUAGGUGAGUUAUUGUGAAUAAAUAAAUAAACUUGUAGCUGUGGUGGCACACCUGAAUAGUAAUUAAAAACAAACAGAAUGGAGAUUGUAUUAUAAUCCUCUAAAAUAAUAGAUGUAUAAUAUGAAAGCAUAUAAUGAUAGCUUUUGUUGUGAUAAUCGUAUCAAAUAUUCCCAAUGUAUUCAAUAAUUACUCGAAAUGAAAAAAUAAACAUAUGAGACAAUGUACAAAGAUUUGAUUUCACAAACUUAUCAAGAUCAACUAAAUACAGGUGAAAGUUUAAAGUAACUUUGUUACUUCAAUUGGCAAUUUAAAAUAAAUUUCUAUUUAUUAUGAAUAUUUGAACAGUUUGGUAGAUUAACUUAAAACUACAAAUUAAAUAAAUUCAAAAAUCAAUGUUUCUACAUGUUCUGGAGGCUAAUAUAUAAGAAUGUGGAUUGCGAAGUAUCCCCUAUGGUGUUCUGUUUUUCAUUUGUCCAAACAUUUUAGUCUCUUCUUUUUAGUAGCAUUUUUAGAAUACAUAAAAAGGUAUUAUGUAUGUCUGUCGAACAGUAAUCACAAUGCUGAUUGGAUAAAUAGGUUCAACCUCAAUCUAUACACACAGGGUUUUUCAGCUUUAAAUAUCAUACCUAAUAAUGCAAUAAUUAAAUUCACUGUAUUAUGAAUAUAUUAUAUUGAUUAUAGAUUAUAUUUUAUUCAACUGAAAUGCCCUGUAUCUUAUUAAAGAGCGCUAUUUACAUCACCAGUUUUGAUAUUUUGCUAAUUUUAUUCAAACUAUUAUGUAGUAAAACUACGAAAUAAAAAGCAUAACUCCAUAUCAUCAAUUAAAUUUUACAUUUUGUAUAUUAUUCGUUUUUUUUUUUUAGUUGUGUAAUUAAAGAAAAUCCAAAUCGACGACCCGCAAAUUGUAUUAACAUAAGUGUGAUUUUUUUAUAUUUAUUAUAUUGCUAUUAAUUAAGAAUUAAUGUUUAUGAUGAGUUAGUGAUUUUUACGAUCAACAACAUAUUUGAAACUCGACAGCGCUGGAACAGAUAUUUUCAGAAUAGCGCUCUAAUUUCAAAAUUGUUCCAUAAUAAUACCUACAAUAGAAUCCAAAAUCAACUUGAAAAAAGUUUGCCCUACAUUUUCCAUAAAUGUUGUUAGCCAUUGUGAAUAACCUAUACCAGUACUUUUUUAGAGACAAAUAGAUCGGAACUGGAUAAUUACUUUUAAGUCUUUUAUAUUGUGCUUAGUAUUUUAAAUAUUUAACUACAUUUUUUGUUUUUACUUUUGUUAUAUGGCCAUAUGUUGUUAAGAUGUUCAAUUUACAAUUUCUAAUAGAAAAAGUUUAUGGAAAUUAAUUGUUCAGUUCUGUUAGAUGUAUUGAUGAAUUUUAAUAUAUAUAUAUAUAUAUAUAUAUAUAUAUAUAUAUAUAUAUAUAUAUAAAAAUAUAUAUAAAUUAGAAACGCAAUAAGAAUCAUUUUGGUAGUGAAGAUAUACUCUACAAGUCAUUGAAAUUCUUGUAAAUCUAAACAAGAAGUUAGGCUGCUACUUUGUACUUUAUUAUAUCAGUAAUGUUGUUAAGGUAACUUAAAUGAAGUGCCUUUUUAGCUCAAAUUUUAAAGAUUCAAUUUAUUAUUAUUAGUUUAAAGAAGCCAAAUGUUGUAUUUAAAAAACUUUUUACGUUAUGUGAUUGGGCUUGUAAUAUGAAGACCACUGUUAUUCUGUUUUAGAAUUUUAAAUAUUGUUCGAGAUUAUGUUGUUUCAAAUAAAUUUAUGAAAUUAUUAGAAA